CGCGCUCCCUCCCUCACACACACACACACACACACACACGCUAACACGCAACGGGGCUUCAACUAACUUUCGAGAAUGCACAGAGUACGGCUGACCUCGGGAGCUUAGCCGGAUAGAAAAGAGACAAACAAAGUGGAAACAAAGUCGCGUUUCUGCUCCGAGAGGAAAAAUCUUGUGGCGCCCGGAGACGGAAACGAUCCGAGCUCCAGACGUCUGCGCGUCCACAAGCCACCAACAGAUGUGCACGAGUCCAAAGACCUCCGUGGGAUAAGACCAAAUCCAACCCGAGCCUCAUCUGGGAAAACUGAGGAUGGGGAACAGCAGCAGCGACAGGUCAAGUGGGGGUCACAGAGAUGGACAACCAGGAGGGAAAGAGACCAUUCCCAACAUCCUGAUGGGCAACUCCGAGGACGGGGACCUUUUCCAGAGAGACGACACAAAGCCUCCUCAGGAAAUACAGGAAUUUCUGGCUUGGCAGCAGGACAUUGAGAGUGAGAGCAAAAGUCCAACGCAGGACAGACCCACUAUGUUCCGGUGGGCCGGGGCCGCCAAGGACGUCUUUGUGUCCGGCUCCUUUAACAACUGGGCGACCAAGAUCCCUCUCAACAGAAGUCAGAAAAACUUUGUGGCUAUUGUGGACUUGCCAGAGGGAGAGCACCAGUACAAGUUCUGCGUAGACGGCCAGUGGACCUUGGAUCCUACUGGGGCCGUGGCGACGUCUAAGACUGGCUCAGUUAAUAAUGUCAUCCAGGUGAAGAGAACCGACUUUGAAGUCUUUGACGCUCUGCGGAUCGACUCUGAGGAUUCUGCAGACAUCGCCGACUUGUCCAGUUCUCCUCCCGGACCCUACCUGCAAGAUGCAUAUGUGACCAAGCCCGAGGACUCGAUCAAGCAUCCUCCCUACUUACCCCCCCACCUGCUGCAAGUGCUGCUCAACAAGGACACGGGUGUUUCUUGUGACCCAACGCUGCUUCCAGAACCCAACCACGUGAUGCUCAAUCACCUGUACGCCCUCUCCAUCAAGGAUGGAGUGAUGGUCCUCAGCGCAACACACAGAUACAAAAAGAAAUAUGUGACCACACUUCUCUACAAGCCAAUAUAAUCCAUCAUGCUACAAUUUGGCCUCUGAUUUUAAACUUCAUACAAUCCAUCUGUUGUUGUACUCAGCUGCUGCUUGUUUUGUUAAAACCCCAACUGAUUAUCUUCAUAAUAUCAAUGAAAUGAUCUUUUUUUACAAUCUAAUAAAAAUGUUGUAAAUUUGCAGAACAAGUAUUUUAAUUCCUGAUUCAACCAUAACUACAACCUAAAGCUUUCUUAAUGGCAAACGGGGUUGAACUUUGCAAAGCUAAAAUCUUGGUUGUUUACUAAUU